AUGUGGAUGAAUGGAUCAGCACCAAAACUGGAACACUUGCACGUUACGACUGUCAAUAAUGAAAUCAACGAAAAUUCUCUAUUUAGAAAAUUGGUUUGUCAUGACUCGACCAGUGAAGUUUACCGCAAGCAACCAAACAAACCCGGAUACCUCCACCAGCAGUUAGUAACCAGACCAAAAGAUGGAGGAGUUUGUAUUGCGCGAAGAGAUGGAACCAAGGCAGUCGUCACCGUAGAGAAUAACGAACUCGAAUUUUUCGUAUUUCACCCACAUUGCUACCGCAACGAUUUUGAUUUCAUCUUCUAA